AAUAUCAUAUAAGAGAAAUAUGACCCUUUAGAAUUGAAAAGUAAAUCAUUAAGCCAUCGAUGAAAAAGGAGGAUGGAUACAAUUAGAGUUGAUGAGUAUUAUUAAGGAUCUUUUAGGAUAAUAUCAAUUAGAAGGGAAUAGUACUGAACAUAGAUUCAGAAACUAUCAAAAAUUCGAAAAGGAGAAUGAAGAAUACUAUCCCAAAGUCAGGUCAAAGACUACUCUUUAAAAUUUAAACGAAAAAGUAGAUGAUAUAGGCGAUAAAUCAUAAAGAGAUGAAACAUUUGGCCUAUCAAUAAAUUACUUGCCACGAUACAUGAGAUAAUAUAGGUGUUGUAACUAUCUUAAUAAAAUAUCUAAUCUAAAUGGAGAUAUUAUCUCUAGUAGGGUUACUAAAAUAAGCACUUUUAAAAUUUUAACAAUAAAUCAAUUGACAAGAAAGAGUUAUAUUUGGUAAAUGGGAGGAAAGACUUAAAUUAGAAGGUAAAUAUUAUUGCAAAAAUGAUGCAAGGGAAAUAAAAGGCUAUAGAUAAGUGAAGAAAAGGAUUUCAUACUGGGAUAAGCAACUAACUCCUAAAAUGACCAAUAUUAAUUGAGAUUUAUAGCAUUUGAAAAGGCUUGUGGAUAAGAAGCUAAAGGCAUAAUACAAGAGUUUGCAUUGUUAUGAAGGGAAGUUAGACCGAAUUUAUCUAAGAUCAUUAAUGUUCUUCUCUAGGAUUAUUUAG